AUGACGACCUUGAAAUACCCCCACCUCCGCGACGAGGAAUUCAGGCUCCUUUACAUCGAUAGGCGAUCGAAAAGUGUUCGAUAUUCCUUGAAGCCUUUUGCCCGUGGCAGCUCUCCAGAGUAUACAGCUCUGUCAUACGUUUGGGGCAGCUCGAAGCCGUCCGCCCGCCUUGCGUGCGACGCUGGAGAUAUCCCAAUCACUUCCGAGCUUAAAGCUCUUCUCGAUCGAUUUGGAGAGAUCCCAUCCCUCGCAGAAGUCUCGUGGUUUUGGAUUGAUGCUAUCUGUAUUAAUCAAAAUGAACCGGACGAAAAGGCAAAGCAGAUUCCUAUCAUGGGCGAGAUCUACAGUGGUGCAUCGACAGUGACCGUCUGGCUCGGCGAGGCGGAUGAGGCGACGACAAAAGCGAUCAAAACCAUCUGGGACCCCGCCUUCCUAGCACCCUUGUCAUGCACCUAUGCGGUCCCCGGAAGUAUCCCAUCUGAAGACGCCCCGGUAUGGAGGGCAGUCCAAAAUCUUUUUGCCCGCGGUUGGUUCAGUCGCUCAUGGGUCGUACAAGAACUGCUGCUGGCUAGGGAGUGCCGUGUCGUGUUUGGGAACGAAGUAAUUCCUUGGGUCCUGAUUUUGACGUACUGGGCCUAUCUAGAACUGGGAAGACACGACCUUGUCGUCUCGCAAAGGAAUAAGAUCGGACGCACUGUCAUGUCCCCGUUUGGGAUGCUUCUUGCUCCUGGACCGGAGCCUGGGGGUACGAGAUGGGCAAACAUCGUUGGAAGCAACAACCUUCGAUGGUCCUUCAAGCCGCGAUACCACGUCGCCGGCCUCCUCGACUUAAUUCGAGGCCGCGCAUGCCAGGAGGCACAUGACAAAGCGUACAGCCUACUAGGGCUACUCCCCGAAGAGAUACGGUCGAAAGUCCCCGUCACCUACAAAACACCCUACCACGAGGCCCAUCUUUCGCUUGCAAAAGCGCUUCUACAGCCACCCGGGCUUUUGCCACUUGCUCUCGCGCCGUCUGUUUCCAAGUCACAGGACCUCCCAUCCUGGUGUCCCGAUCUCAACUCCACCGGGGCUAUGAUGCCGUACUGGCACCACUUCAACGCAGGACGACUCCCGCCGGGCCUCUCCUCAAUUGCUCCAUUUGAGAUCAUCGGCCCACAGAAUGUGCUCAAGGUGCCUGGUGUUUUCAUAGAUGUUGUUCAAACAGCCAGCCCGCUUCCGGAUAUAGGACAGGUUAUAGCCACGCAUGAUGGUGCUAUGGAAAUGUCCAAGUUCCUACGCAAUUAUUCUAGCGAUCAGAUCGCUUCCAUAUACACACUCGUCGCUGGCGUUGACCGAAACGGUGCGCCAUAUAAGAAAGAUCAGCUACUCACUGAUUUCGAGGAAGCAAAUGAAUAUCUCAAAAUAUUCCUCGCGGACAAUCGAAGCUGGGGCCCGAACACGCCCUUCACGGCUGCACUCCUCCAAGCCUGGCGCGGGGCUACGCUUUCAGUACAGCAACUGAGCGGCUCGGCCUUGGCCCGAAGACUCUUCAAGAAGGAGACCGCAUUGCCAUCCUGUUCAAUGCUAGCUGCCCAUUCAUUCUAA